AUGGUUAUUUCAACGGUUUUAUUAGUUAUAUCCUAUUUAUCAUUGGCUUUUGCUCAUAAUGAAAAAUACGAAAGAUAUGGUUCUGCUAUAAUUUUAUAUUCUUGUAACUAUGAAACUUACAGUUCUGCUUCUUUCUGUGAUAAAACAGCAGCAUAUUAUGAAUGUUUAUGUGGAAAUAAAAAUGCCCGUGCAACAAUUGUUGGUUGUAUGAUGUCUCAAAACAAAAGCACUUCCCAAGCUAUCAAACUCGCUGAGGAGAACUGUCAGGAAUAUGGUAAUGUCACUCUUUCUGAAGGUUGGUUCGACGAAUCAUAUCAAUACUAUCUUGAUAAUGCAAUGACAACUGAUGAAAUUCCAAAUUUCAACAUUACAGUCCCUAUUGAUGUCCCACUUAAGUUUAACGAAACUCAAAUGCUGGUAUACUAUAAUUCAUAUGUUCAGUUUUUGGGCAACUAUGACGAUUCUUUGUAUUAUGGUGCUGGUGCGUUGGGAUACUGGCUCUUAGUGAUGCUCAUUGAAGGGUUGGUUAACUGGUCAAUGUUCAUGUUCCCUGGUUUCAUCAAAACAUUGACCGGUGGUCCUAUUGGCUGGUGGAGAGAAUACGUAUCUAUGCCAGCUACAUUCAAGAAGAGAAAGACACAAGAGUUGCCAAUUUUGAAAAUAUUCGAUUGUUUGAUUCCAUCCAGAUACGAGUCGCUUGUUAUCCUUGGUUUCUAUGCUUACACACUCAUUGUCAACGCAGUUAAGAUAGCAAACACAACGGGUGCUCCAAUUUUUGACAGUGGCUAUGAGUUUCAAUUGCGUCUUGUUGCCGAUAGAACGGGUAUAGUAGCUACUAUCAUGAUGCCAUUGGUUUUCCUCUUUGCUGGUAGAAAUAAUUUUUUGCAAUGGUUAACCGGUAUUAAUUACGCUACAUUUAUGGUUUAUCACAGACAUAUUGCCAGAGUGAUGUUCAUGCUAGUUGUAAUUCACUCUGUUAAUUAUACCAUCAUCGAGGGGGAGUAUUAUUCUGAAGCAGUCAAAGAAAAGUACUUCUGGAAUGGUAUUCUUGCAACAACAGCAGGUGGUAUUCUUUGGAUUCAAGCUAUGCUUUUCUUCAGAAGACGUUGGUACGAAAUAUUCUUGUUGAUCCAUAUUAUCAUGGCAGCCAUCUUUGUUGGUGCCACUUGGGUUCAUGUAGAUGACCUUGGUUAUGUAUGGUUUGUUUACCCUUCUGUUGCUGUUUGGUGCUUUGACAGGGCUGUCAGAAUUGGAAGAUUGAUUGUUUUUGGCUUUCCUAAAGCUGAGGUUACUUUGUUGGCCAAUGAUACUUUGAAAGUUGUUGUUCCUAAACCAAGCUACUGGAAAUCCAUCCCUGGUGGACAUGCUUUCAUCCAUUUUGUUAAACCAACUUAUUUCUGGCAAUCCCAUCCUUUUACAUUCGUCGAUACUCCAGAUGACAAGAACAUUGUUUUGUACUGUAAGGUCAAGGGUGGUGUUACUCAUAGUUUGUACAAGUUGUUGGCCAAACAACCAGACCAGACCACAAGAAUGACUGUUGCUGUUGAAGGUCCAUAUGGAGAGCCAACUCCGGCCAGAUAUGCCGACACUGCCGUUUUCAUUGCUGGUGGUAAUGGUAUUCCUGGUAUUUACUCUGAAGUGAUGGACAUGGCCAGAAGAUUACCUGCAGAAACCAACAGGGUUAUGAAAUUGAUCUGGGUUAUCAGAGAUUACUCGUCGUUGGAAUGGUUCCAGGAAGAGCUUGAAUAUUUGAAGAACACCAGUAUUCGUACAACGAUCUAUGUGACCAGACCAAGUUUGAGUUUGAGUACCGAUGAGGAUAAGAAGUUGGAGGAUAAAGAUUCUUGUGAAGACGACAAAAGUUCCAUCAAAUCCAGAUUGAACCAUAUUGAGUUCAAAGAAGGAAGACCCUGUAUUGAAACAAUUGUUGCUGACGAAAUUGAAGAAUGUUCUCGUUCUGUUGCGUUUGUCACUUGUGGUCACCCUGUAAUGGUUGAUGAAAUACGUUAUUUUGCAGCACAUAAUAUCAGAAACUCAGACAAAAAAAGAGUUGAUUUCUUUGAACAAUUACAAGUCUGGGCUUGA